UGUCAUUGAUUUAUUGUGUAACAAAUAACUUGUUUUACUGGACAGAACAUCAUGGGUUUUGAGUUACCUUAGGAAUUUGUGCCACUUCUGUUCUCCCUGGAGAGUUAAUAGCCAGAGGGUUAAUGAGCGAGCUUAAACUUGUCUGUAACAUUUGUGAAAACUUAUUGAGGCCUUUCAUUAACCUGGGGUUAAAUGAAGAUCCACCCAAUCAGUGGUACUCUAUAAAUCAGCAUGCACACUCUGAGACACUUAUUCUGUUCUCACAGAAUUUUGCCUGGUGUGUAAAUCUUUUCUUCCUGCAUAGUGUUCCCAACAUGAGUUGCCACGCCAGCUCUGGGAGCCAAUCCUUUUCCAUUAUGGAGCAAUCAAAAGUCACACCCUUGGGGAGGACAUUCACGAACACGUUAUUCAUUCCUUCUGAAGUUUCAAAUCCAGUCAUCCAGCCUACACUUCCCUAUAUGGGAAAAAUCCCUGGAGGCUUAAAACCAGAUAAGGCUGUGUUCAUCCAAGGGGCUGUUCCUGCAAAUGCCAAGCUCUUUGAGAUAAAUUUCCACACAGGGCAGUCUUAUAGUGAUGGUAUCGCUUUUCACUUCAACCCUCGUAUUACAGUUAAAUAUGUGUAUAUGAACAGUCUCAGAAAUGGUAAGUGGGAAAAGGAUGAAACUGUUUAUGACAAGCCCUUCCCCAAAGGGACAUCUUUCAGUCUACUGAUUACCAUCAAGUCAGAGGGAUAUGAGGUUUAUGUGAAUGGCUUGCGAUACUGGCUGUUCCAACAUCGCAUGCCUCUAGAGCAAGUUCUGACACUUGGCAUUCGUGGUGAUGUUUUCAUUUCCAGCUGUGGUUUUAUUGAUAACUGGAGCAAGACCUCUUUAUUUGCAGAACAGUCAAAGAUCACAGGUUUGGGGAGCUCAUUCUUGAAAAUGUUACCAAUCCCUACAGAGCUUGUAAAUCCAGUCAUCCAGCCUACGAUACCCUAUACUGGUCCAAUAUCUGGAGGGACACAACCAGGAAUGGCUCUGUUUGUCCAAGGGACUGUUAAUCCAGCUGCAAACCAGUUUCGAAUAGAUUUUAAAUCGGGACAGAACACUAAUGAUGACGUCCUAUUUAUCUUCAAUCCCCGAAUUGGCCAAUAUGUGUACAUGAACAACUUUGUAAAUGGUAUCUGGCAAAAAGAGCAAUUAGUCUGCCAUAAGCCCUUCACCAGAGGUGCAACCUUCAGUAUAUUGAUUGUUAUCAAUACAGAGUGUUUUGAGGUCUAUGUGAAUGGGAUGCGACACUGUACAUUCACACACCGCGUGUAUUUAGGUAAAGUUACUACGCUCUACAUUUGUGGAGAUGCUUGCAUCCACUAUUUUGGCUUUACUUACAACUGGAGCAGAUCACCUUUCUUUAAGGAUCAAUUGAAAAUCACAGACAAAGUUACCUCAGUCACAAGUCCAUUAUCCAUCCCAUCAGAGAUUGCAAACGCAGUCAUCCAGCCUAGAAUCCCCCAUAUUGGACCAAUAACUGGACAAAUGAGACCAGGAAUGGCGCUGUAUGUCCGGGGCGCUGUUCUUGCAGAUGACAGCCAGUUUGCAAUUGGUUUUCAAAAUGGGCAAAAUUAUAACGCUGACGUCGCUUUUAUUUUCAACCCACGGUAUGAUCAAUACCUAUACCUGAACACUUACAGAAACAGUAUAUGGGAGAAAGAGGAGUUGGUCUGUGAUAGACCUUUCAUCAGAGGGGAAAGUUUCACUGUGUUGGUUGUCAUCAAAUCAGAAGGUUAUGAGGUGUAUGUGAAUGGAAAAAGUUGCUGCAUGUUCAAGCACCGCAUUCCUUUAGUGCAAGUGACUGCACUUGGCAUUUGGGGAGCUGUUUCAGUCCACUUCUAUGGUUUUAUUGAGAACUGGAGCGCAUCAUCUUUCUUUAAGGACCAAUCAAAACUGUUAGUCAUCCCAUCUGAACUUCCAAAUCCAAUCAUCCAGCCUAAAAUUCCCUACAUCGGAGCAGUAUGUGGAGGGAUAAAACCAGGAAUGGCUUUGUAUGUCGAAGGAAUGGUUCCUGCAAAUGGCAAUCAGUUUUCGAUAAAUUUCCAAGCAGGGCAGAAUAACAGUGAUGAUGUUCCUCUUACUUUUAACCCUCGAAUUGGUCAUUACGUAUACCUGAACAGCUGCAGAAAUGGUGUGUGGGAAAAGGAGCAAUUGGCGGCUGAAAAACCCUUUAUGAGGGGGACAGCUUUUAAUGUAUUGAUUUUCAUCAGUUCCAAAGGCUAUGAGAUGUAUGUGAAUGGAUGGAGACACUGCACAUUUACGCACCGCAUUCCAUUUGACAGAGUUACUACGCUUCACAUUUGGGGAGAUGUUUCCAUCAACUUCUGUGGUUUUACCGAUAAUUGGAGAAGAUCAUACACUUUUAGGGACCAACCAAAACUCACAGACGUUGGGAGAUCAUUUACAAGCCUGUUACCAGUCCCAUCAGAAAUUUCACAUCCAGUCAUCCAGCCUGUCCUUCCUUAUGUGAGUACAAUCAAGGGAGGGAUAAAACCAGAUAUGGCUGUGUUAUUCCAGGGGGUUCUUCCUGCACAUGCACAAGGCUUUGAAAUAAAUUUCAAAACAGGGGAGUCUGAUGUUGAUGACAUCGCUUUUCACUUCAACCCCCGCAUUGGUCAAUAUGUCUACCUGAACAGCUUUAGAAAUGAAAGCUGGGAAAAGGAGGAAUGUGUCUCUGACAAACCCUUUGUCAAGGGAUCAGCCUUCCAAAUAUUUAUCAUCAUCAAAACAGAGUGCUACGAGGUCUACAUUAAUGGCAUAAGACACUGCAUGUUCAAACACCGCUUUCCUCUAGAGAAAGUUUCACUAGUUAACAUUUGUGGAGAUGUAUCCCUGCCCAUCUUUGGUUUUGUUGAUAACUGGAACACACUGAAUAUGAGCCAAUCAAAUACUACAGUCAUGGGGAGUUUAGUUUCAAAACACUUAUCACUCCCAUCAGCGGUGUCAUGUCCAUUCAUCCAGCCUACACUUUCCUAUGUGAGUAGAAUCAAAGGAGGAAUAAGACCAGAUAUGGCUGUGUUCUUCCAAGGGACCAUUCCAAUAAACGGCAAACGCUUUGAAAUAAAUUUCAAAACAGGGGAGUCUGAUGUUGAUGACAUUGCUUUUCACUUCAACCCCCGGAUUGGUCAAUAUGUCUACCUGAACAGCUUCAGAAAUGGUAGCUGGGAGAAGGAGGACUGUGUCUCUGACAAACCCUUCACCAAGGGAGCAGGCUUCUAUAUGUUCGUUGUCAUCAAGUCAGACAACUAUGAGGUGUAUGUGAAUGGCUUGUGGCACUGUAUGUUCAAGCACCGCAUUCCUCUAGAGAAAGUUUCGACACUUGGCAUUUGCGGUGAUAUUUCCAAACCCAUCUAUGGUUGUAUUGAUAACUGGAGCAGUUCAUAUUUAUGUCUGGAUCAAUCAAGAAUCACAGGCAUGGGGAGCACAUUCUCAAGCCUGUUAGCAAACCCUUCAGAGUUAUCACAUCUAGUUAUCCAGCCUACACCUCCCUAUUUUGCUAAAAUACCUGGAGGUUUAAGACCAGAUAUGGCAGUAUAUUUCCAAGGGGCUGUUCCUGCACAUGCUGUAAGCUUUGAGAUAAACCUCCAAACAAGUUGGUGUCCAGAGAGUGACAUCGCUUUUCAGUUUAACCCUCGCAUUGGGCAAUUUGUAUACUUGAACAGCAGCAGAAAUGGCUGUUGGGAAAUGGAGGAAUCUGCCUCUAUCAAACCCUUCACAAAGGAAACAUCCUUUAAUAUGUUUGUUGUCAUCAAAUCAGAGGGCUAUGAGGUCUACGUGAAUGGACUGUUCCACUGUAUGUUCAAGCACCGCUUACCUUUAGAGAACGUUUGUACACUUAGUAUAUAUGGAGAUGUUUCAAUCCCCAUCUAUGGUUUUAUUGAUAACUGGAGCAAUUCCUCUUUCAUUACGGACCAAUCUAAAAUCACAAGCAAGGGAAGUCAAAGUCUGUUACCUGUACCAACAGAGGUUUCACAGUCAUUCAUCCAGCCUGCAAUUCCCUAUGUGGGUUUGAUCACAGGAGGGUUAAAACCAGACAUGGCUUUGUUCUUCCAAGGGACUAUUCCUGCACAUGCUAAUGGCUUCGAAAUAAAUUUCAAAACAGGACCAUGUGAUGGUGAUGACAUCGCAUUUCAUUUCAAUCCUCGAAUUGAUGGAUAUGUCUACCUGAACAGCUUUAGAAAUGGUAGCUGGGAUAAGACAGAACCUACACCUAAUAUACCCUUCAAUAAGGGAACGGCCUUAAAUAUGUUUGUUGUCAUCAAAUCAGAGGGCUAUGAGGUCUAUGUGAACGGCAUAAUAUAUUGCAUGUUCAAGCACCGCAUUCCUCUAGAGAAAGUUUCAACGCUUUGCAUUCGUGGAGAUGUUUCCCUUUCCAUCUGUGGUUUAACUGAUAACUGGAAGACCUCUUCCUUCUGCUCAGGUAUAGGGACCUCUAGCGCUACACCUUUCCUUAAAGAUGUUUCAUAUCUGAUCAGCAACCCUACACUUCCCUAUAUAAAUAGAAUCCCAAGAGUGCUAAAACAAGACAUGGCUAUACUUUUCCAAGGGACUGUUCCUGUAGAUGCCAAAAGCUUUGAAAUUAGUCUCAAAACGGGACUGUCUGAUGGUGGUGACAUCGCAUUUCAUUUCAACCCUCGCAUUGCUCAGUAUGUCUACCUGAACAGCUUCCGAAAUGGUAGGUGGGAGAAGGAGGAAACUGCACCUGACAAACCCUUCACUAAGGGAGCGGCCUUCCAAAUUCUUCUAGUCAUCAAAUUUGAGGGCUAUGAGGUCUAUGUGAAUGAUGUAAGACACUGCGUGUUCAAUCACCGCAUUCCUCUAGAGAAAGUUUCAACACUUGCGAUUUGUGGAGAUGUUUCUCUUCCCAUCUGUGGUUUUAUUGAUGACUGGAAGACAUCUUCCUUUUACUCAGUUAUAGGGGCCUCAAGCCCUACACCCAUCUCUGAAGAGAUUUUAUUUUCAGUCAGCAACCCUACACUUCCCUAUGUGGUUAAAAUCCCAGGAGGGAUAAAACAAGAUGUGGCUUUAUUUUUCCAAGGGACUCUUCAAACAGAUGCCAAAGGCUUUGAAAUCAAUUUUAAAACAGGGCCGUCUAAUGGUGAUGACAUCGCUUUCCAGUUCAAUCCUCGCAUUGGUCAAUAUAUCUACCUGAACAGCUUUAGAAAUGGAAGAUGGGAGAAGGAGGAAUCUGCACCUGACAAACCCUUCAUCAAGGGAGCAACCUUCCAAAUGUUUAUAGUCACCAACUUUGAGGGCUAUGAGGUCUAUGUGAACGGCUUAAAACAUUGCAUGUUCAAGCAUCGCAUUCCUCUAGAGAAAGUUUCAACGCUUGGCAUUCGUGGAGAUGUUUCCCUUUCCAUCUGUGGUUUAACUGAUAACUGGAAGACCUCUUCCUUCUGCUCAGGUAUAGGGACCUCUAGCGCUACACCUUUCCUUAAAGAUGUUUCAUAUCUGAUCAGCAACCUUACACUUCCCUAUAUAAAUGGAAUCCCAAGAGUGCUAAAACAAGACAUGGCUAUACUUUUCCAAGGGACUGUUCCUGUAGAUGCCAAAAGCUUUGAAAUUAGUCUCAAAACGGGACUGUCUGAUGGCGGUGACAUCGCAUUUCAUUUCAACCCUCGCAUUGGUCAGUAUGUCUACCUGAACAGCUUCCGAAAUGGUAGGUGGGAGAAGGAGGAAACUGCACCUGACAAACCCUUCACCAAGGGAGAGGCCUUCCAAAUUCUUCUAGUCAUCAAAUUUGAGGGAUAUGAGGUCUAUGUCAAUGACGUAAGGCACUGCGUGUUCAAUCACCGCAUUCCUCUAGAGAAAGUUUCAACACUUGCGAUUUGUGGAGAUGUUUCUCUUCCCAACUGUGGUUUUAUUGAUGACUGGAAGACAUCUUCCUUUUACUCAGUUAUAGGGGCCUCAAGCCCUACACCCAUUUCUAAAGAGAUUUCAUUUUCAGUCAGCAACCCUACACUUCCCUAUGUGGGUAAAAUCCCAGGAGGGAUAAAACAAGAUGUGGCUUUACUUUUCCAAGGGACUGUUCCAACAGAUGCCAAAGGCUUUGAAAUCAAUUUUAAAACUGGGCCGUCUAAUGGUGAUGACAUCGCUUUCCAGUUCAGUCCUCGCAUUGGUCAAUAUAUCUACCUGAACAGCUUUAGAAAUGGAAGAUGGGAGAAGGAGGAAUCUGCACCUGACAAACCCUUCAUCAAGGGAGCAACCUUCCAAAUGUUUAUAGUCACCAACUUUGAGGGCUAUGAGGUAUGUUCUAUGGUCAUCUGCAUGCAUAUUUUACAUGAAAGGAUAACAUUAAAAGCCACAUUUUCCUUCUUUUUGCAGGUCUAUGUGAACGGUUUAAAACAUUGCAUAUUCAAGCACCGCAUUCCUCUAGAGAAAGUUUCCACACUUGCCAUUCGUGGAGAUGUUUCCCAAAUCAUAUGUGGUUUUAUUGAUAACUGGAGUAGUUCUUCAUUCUUUACGGAACUAAAGAAAGACACAGGCAUGAAGAGCAUAACCUCAAAUGUCAUCACUCUGGAUGUUUCACAAUCAAUCAGCAACCCUGCAAUUCCCUAUAUAGGUGCAAUCCCACCAGUCAAAAAACAAGAUUUGGCUGUUAUAUUUCAAGGGACCAUUCUUAAAAAUGCAGAAAGAUUUGAUAUAAAUUUCCAAACUGGGCAAGGUGCCCAUGAUGACAUUGCAUUUCACUUUAACCCCCGGAUUGGUCGUUAUACUGCCUUGAACAGCUUCAGAAAUGGUUCCUGGGAUAAGGAGGAAUCUGUGCUUGACAAACCCUUCACCAACGGAUCAACCUUCCAAAUUAUUGUUGUCUUUCAAUCAGAUAGAUAUGAGGUUUAUGUGAAUGGCUUGAGCCACUGCACAUUUAAACAUCGCAUACCUUUAGAGAAAGUUUCUACAAUUGCCGUUUGUGGGGAAGUUACCAUUCAGCUCAUUAGUUUUAUUGAAGUAAGUAAAGCUUUUUCUGCUUCCAAUUUAUUUUCUGCAAGUUAUUAAAAAGGUUUAUAGUUCCAUUAAUUAACAUGUUUUAUAUUUUUGUUUCCAUUAGAGCUGGAGUUCAUCUAUCAGUAAAUAAUAAUCUAAGAAGAGUAACAUAAUUUCGACAUAAAUUUUGGAUAUUGUCUCUACAUCAGGUUAUCUAAAGUUUUGCUGCAAGGCCUGCUUGGAUACUUCUAUUGCAUUCCAAUGGAGAAAAAAAAGUUUUGUCUAUCCAAAAAUGCAGAAAGAAGUGACAAGACCAUCCAGAAGUGACAAGUGAAACUCUGUUCUGAUUUUUGUUGAAGGGUAGCUUGUCUGGCCAACAAUCUACAUUGGAAAGGCUUUGAUGUGGUUAAGCUUGCAUUAGGAUUCUCUAUUAGAGAGACUCAAACGGGGGAUUCAGGGAACAUAAGGAAUCUUUCAUAUACUUUUCUUAUCUGCUUAGGGGUAUUAAUAUCAUUCAAUGCAUACUUAGUCCUGUGUUCGAAAAAUGGGCACCUUGUUGGGUAAUAUGAUUUUUUUUUUUUUUAAACUGUGCAGGCCUCUUCUUUUCUCUAGUUCACUGGUUAAAUUUCUGUUUGUUGAACUGAUUUAUCUGUUAAUUCUCAAUAAACAAUGGAAACAUGAAGGUUCGGAUGCUUAUCUUUUUUUAUCCCUAAACUAUAAAUAGUCUUCUCUCUAGACUAGGGAGGACCAUAACACCAAAAUGUAAAUGCUAAUUUACUGGAAUAGCGAAAGCUGAUGAGGAAAAUACAUUUACAAUGUGAAUCUAACAAUGUUCACCUCCCACUGGUCUGAAAAAAAAAAAAAAUCAGUAAUUUAAAUAACCACAUCACAUCACAUAUUUCUUUAUACAACCUUCCUUGGGGAUUAAAAGUUGUU